AUGUCACAACUCGAAAAGGAGCUGAUAGAACGUGCUAAAGAACGAGGUGUUGACCGUGCUACUGCACGUCAAACUCUCACCGACAAACUUUUGUGGAAGGAAAAGGACGAAGUUGCAACAAUUCGAAUGCUUCGAUGGGCAUUGAUUGUACUGAGCAAGGAUUCCGUUGGAGUAAUUCCAAAUGAGAUUUGCGCUGUAUUGAUGGAAAAAGCCACAAUUGUGGGAGAGCUACGCUUAAUUCGCCGUGGAUUUCAGCCAAAACCAUCAAGAAAUGCGCAAAAUGUUCGCAAUGUUGUCUGGGAUCCAAGCUUAUCCUCAGAUGUCAACAUGGCUGCUGUGCAGCUUGUCAAAUUUGUUCAAGGCACAUGGAAUGGUUUAGUUAUGGUACGUUAG